AAGCUUAGCUCCUCCUCCAGCUCCACCAUCAUCGUUUCGUUUUCACUGCAGGACUUGCUUUCCGUAAACACUGACAGUGGAGCUUUAAUGUCAUACAAACUCAUGACUUGUGUUAUAAUAACUGGAUUUGGAGUCUCCUUAUAGUGAAGCGACACUCCUCCGGCUGUUUUGACUGAAUCAGGUGGGUUUGCUUCAGAGGCUCGAUGGUGAAGUUUGACUGGUCAUGAUGCUUUCACUCAUUAAUGAGGGCAGAGAGACCAUGUGGGAGUCACAUGCGUGCAGAAGAUGAGCAGUAAACAGAUGCCAGGAGCACAGCCCACGUCUGAGUGUGUUACACCAUGAACAGCACCACUAACCCCCCUCACACCAUCAGCGGAGACUCGGCCGUCAGCUACGUGCUGGUCCCCUUCUUCCUCAUCACUGCCCUUGGCAUUGUUGCCGCAGUGGUGAUGUACAUAAGGAGGAAACGGAGGAUUGAUAGACUGCGGCAUCAGCUGCUUCCAGUUUACACUUAUGACCCAACUGAAGAGCUGAACGAGGCAGAACAGGAAAUUCUUUGGAAAGAGGAAGACACAAAGGUGGUCCAGGGUUGGAUGAGGACGUAUCAGCAGCGCAGACCCCUGCUCUCGAAGGAUCCUGAUGCAUGAAAAUCAGCUUUAACUCUUGGUGAUUCUGCACAUAAUCUGCGAACCUGGUCAAUAACUCAACACUGUCUCAUCGUCCUGUAUUGCAGAUUCCCAAGAUGAACAUUUUUGAGCAAUAAGCUACUGAUUUUUCCACUGUUUGAAGCGCUGAGUCUGGACGAGCUUUAGUGACAUGAGAACUCUACAGUGAAGCGAUGGGAUCAUAUUGUUCACCUCAGGUCUCUUCUCACAAAUAUGGUCCAGCUGAAGCAAUCUGAAUAGUGAGACUCAAGAAGGAUGUUAAUACGCCACUGUGUUACAGUUUUUUAUUUAUUUUAGCUGUAUGUAUUCUGCUGAUGUUCUGUGCUAUUAAAUCCUCACGAGAGCUGUUCGUUUUA